AUGGGCGCGCUUCGCCCUCGCUUUCUGCUCGCGCUCGUCCUCAUGGCGUCUCUAAACUUCCUCGCGGUUUUCGCGGCGCUGCCUCCGGAUGGGUACUACGGCGAGAGCGAGCCGGCACUGAAGGAAUCAUACGACCAGCGCGCGCUCCUGGAGGCCGACAACGAUGCAUCGCUUGACUCCGUUGACUCCGUCGAUUCCGUUGACUUGAAGGACCCGCGGGUGCUUCUCGCGGUGGCGGAUGUGGCGGCGGACUUCAAGGGAGCUCCGAAGAAGCAGGCGGGACCGCUAUCAGCAGCUCUGAUCCCGGCAUUUGAUUCAAACACCAGCCAGCAGACGUGCAAUGGAGGAGAAGAGGAGGGUGGCAGGGCGGCAGGGACACAGGGAGAUGCGGCAAAUGGCAACCGGAUGACCAUGGGAAAGGGAGGGUUCGAGAAGACCUGUGGCUUGUGUAGCGUUGUGUAA